CCGGCUCAAACCGGAAGUGAAGCUGAUCAGGGGGCUGUGGACGGCGCGACUUUGAGCCGGGCGGGAUGUUGCGGCGGGUGUUGGGCUCGGCGUUGCCCCGGCAACAGCUGUACUUGAACAGCUGCCGAUGGUGCUCUUCGGGGAUUAUUCCCAAUGAAAAGAUCCGCAACAUAGGAAUUUCUGCACACAUCGACUCUGGGAAGACUACCUUAACUGAACGCGUUCUCUUUUACACAGGAAGGAUAGCACAAAUGCACGAGGUGAAAGGGAAAGAUGGGGUUGGUGCUGUCAUGGAUUCAAUGGAGUUGGAACGACAGCGAGGAAUCACAAUUCAGUCUGCAGCAACUUAUACUAUGUGGAAAGAUACUAACAUCAACAUAAUCGACACCCCUGGUCAUGUUGAUUUCACUAUAGAAGUGGAGAGGGCACUGAGAGUUCUUGAUGGUGCCAUCCUGGUGCUAUGUGCUGUUGGGGGAGUUCAGUGCCAAACAAUGACAGUGAACAGGCAAAUGAAGCGGUACAAUGUCCCCUUUUUGACCUUUAUCAACAAAUUAGAUCGGAUGGGUUCAAGCCCAAACAGAGCUCUGCAACAACUCAGAUCCAAGCUGAAUCACAAUGCUGCUUUUAUUCAGAUUCCAAUGGGACUGGAGGGAGAUUUCAGAGGAGUUAUCGAUCUGAUUGAAGAAAAAGCGAUGUACUUUGAUGGUGAUUUUGGCCAGAUUGUAAAAUAUGAUGAAAUUCCUCCUGAGUUCAGAGCAGAGUCAGUGGAUCGCCGCCAGGAACUGAUUGAAUGUGUUGCAAACAUAGAUGAACAGCUUGGGGAACUUUUUCUUGAAGAGAAGAUCCCAACAGUAGCUGACUUGAAGUCUGCAAUCAGAAGAACAACGCUUAGUAAAUCCUUUACACCUGUGCUGGUUGGAAGUGCUCUGAAGAACAAAGGUGUACAGCCUCUGCUAGAUGCUGUUCUUGAAUACCUGCCAAACCCUUCAGAAGUGCAAAACUAUGCCCUUUGCAAUCAAGAGGAUUCUACAGAAAAAUCCAAGAUAUUGCUGAGUUCGGUGAGAGACAGUUCCCUGCCCUUCGUGGGCCUGGCAUUUAAACUUGAGGCUGGACGGUUUGGGCAGCUCACAUAUGUUCGUGUUUAUCAAGGCAUGUUGAAGAAAACCGAUUAUAUCUACAACACCAGGACUGGGAAAAGGGUGAGGGUGCAGAGACUUGUCCGCAUGCAUGCAGACAUGAUGCAGGAUGUGGAAGAAGUUUAUGCAGGCGAUAUCUGUGCAUUGUUUGGCAUCGACUGUGCCAGUGGUGAUACAUUUACAGAUAAGUCUAGCACCGACCUUUCCAUGGAAUCUAUUCAUGUUCCUGAUCCUGUCAUUUCAGUAGCAAUGAAGCCAUCCAACAAGAAUGAUUUGGAUAAAUUUUCAAAAGGUAUUAAUCGCUUCACAAGAGAAGAUCCCACAUUCCGAGUUCAUUUUGACACGGAGAACAAAGAGACAAUUGUUUCAGGAAUGGGAGAACUACAUCUUGAAAUCUAUGCUCAGCGAAUGGAAAGAGAAUAUGGUUGUCCUUGUGUUACUGGAAAGCCUAAAGUAGCCUUUAGAGAGAGCAUUGUGGCAACUGUACCGUUUGAUUUCACUCAUAAAAGGCAGUCUGGUGGAGCAGGCCAAUACGGUAAAGUGACUGGAUUUCUAGAGCCCUUGGAGCCAGAAAGCUACACCAAACUAGAAUUUGAGGACCGAACAGUUGGAACAAAUAUCCCAAAACAGUUUGUACCAGCUAUUGAAAAGGGGUAUCGUGAUGCAUGUGAGAAAGGCCCUUUGACAGGCCACAAGAUUUCAGGGGUACGGUUUGUCUUAGAGGAUGGUGCUAGUCACAUGGUGGACUCUAAUGAAAUCUCUUUCAUCCGAGCUGCUGAAGGAGCUCUGAAGCAAGCUAUGGAAAAUACAACGCUGUGUAUUCUUGAGCCCAUUAUGUCUGUGGAAAUUGUAGCACCCAUAGAAUUUCAAGGAGCAGUCAUUUCAGGAGUGAAUCGUCGUCAUGGCAUCAUCACAGGGCAAGAUGGAACUGAUGGCUAUUUCACUCUCUAUGCUGAUGUUCCAUUGAAUGAUAUGUUUGGAUAUGCUACAGAACUGAGGUCAUGCACAGAGGGCAAAGGUGAAUACACAAUGGAAUACAGUAGAUACCAUCCCUGUUUACCCAGUGUACAGGAAGAAUUGAUUAACCGACACCUAGAAGCAACAGGACAACUCCCUGGAAAGAAGGGCAAAGCCAAGAGCUGAUCCUUCUCCCUGUGAGCAGAUUGUAAGGACCUGCUGACAAGCUUCUUCUACUGCAAAGUUCUAUUGAUUUAAUAACUCAAGCAAAAUCCAGAACAGGUGGCUGAAUUUCAUCCUGGAUCAAUACUUUGACUUAAUUCCUAAGUCACUAUGAGACUGUUGUUGAAACUGUUACAGAUUCCAUUAAUUAAUCAUUGUCUUAAUUUAAUAAAAUAUUUCACUUUGUUUUAUGGACUGGGUAUUAAAAUUAUGCUGAUUA